AUGCAGGGUCGACCAACUGUCCCGGCCUACUCGGUCGCGUGGACUGAGGGGCCGUGGGGUCGACCAGAUGUCCCAGCUGACUCGGUCCUGCAGGCCAAUGGGCCGCAGGGUCAACCAGCUGUCCUGGCCGACUCGUUCCCACAGGGUGGAUCAGCUGUCCUGGCUGACUCGUUACUGCGGACCGAGGGGCCUCGGGGUCGACCAGCUGUCCUGGCCUAUUCGGUGCCGCGGACCGAGGGGCCGCGGGGUCGACCAGCUGUCCUGGCCGACUCAGUCCCUCGAGGUCAACCGGCUGUCCUGGCCGACUCGGUCCCAUGGGCGGGGCCAAGUGCGUCCCCAUCCCGCGCUGCGUCACCGUCUUCCUGCCCGCGAAUUGAGGCGUCUCGGCUGUGGGCCGCGCGGGCUCGAGGAGCGCGGACACGGGGCGCGCCGGCCGUGGCUCCCUGGGCAGCGGCCGCGCUCCCGCCCUUGAAGCCGCUGCGUGCGUUGAGGCUCACGCUGGCCGCUGCUUUCCUGACGACCCUCCUGCUGCAGCUCGUCUGCGCGCUUUUCCAGGACCUGAUCCGCUGCGGGAAAACAGGGCACGGUGGACCCUGCCGGGCCUUGACUGUCCCCAAGAGGUGUUUUUCUUCCUUCUGCAUCAGCCCAGUGCUGUGGAACGGCUUCCUGCUUUGGAGCCUUACUCAAUCCCUGUUCCUGGGAGUGCCUUUUCCAAACUAGCUUCACAGUUUGCUGAGAAGUCUUAGGGCUGUGCAACUCCCAGGGGGUGGCCUGGUGCUGUCUGCCCUCUCAGGGCCAGUGUUUCCGUGGCUGCACACACGGAGACGGCUCGAGUGCUUCUAUGUCCGUGCCUCCAGGGUGACGGUUCACGUUGUGCAGGAUUGUUUUGGGCUUGUCUACCACGUCUUCAUCAGCCUAACUGUGCUGAGCGAAGUACCAAUGGGCUGCUGGAACGUCUCUGUGAUGGGGCGGGACCUCUUGAUGCAAGCUCAGUGGUUCCAUAUCCAGCAGAUGAUGCUCAUCUGGUCAUCUGCCCAUCAAUACAAGUGCCACGUCAUUCUGGGGAAGCUCAGGAAAAAUAAAGCAGGAGUGGUCAUUGACUGUAUCCCUUUUGGAGACUGGUUUGAAUAUGUUUCCUCCCCUAACUACUUAGCAGAGCUUGUGAUCUACAUUUCCAGGGCUGUCAGCUUUGGAUUCCACAGCUUGACGUGGUGGCUUGUGGUAACAUAUGUGUUCUUGAACCUGGCCCUGUCUGCUUUCCUCAGUCACAAAUUCUGCAGAAGCAAAUUCGUCUCCUACCCAAAGCAUAGGAGAGCUUUCCUGCCAUUUGUGUUUUAA